AUGCGUUCUCGAUCACUUCUGCGACAACUUACGCGAGGCCAGGUCCUUUCAGGCCCUUCUACGCGGGGGUUUGUCACUUCAACCCGGCUCUGGAACGCGAACGCGAACGCACCUAGCCAACUGGAAAUCGCUUCCAAGUCAGAAGACGUGAAAGCCGACUCCUUGAACAUUCCCAUCACUUGUAUGAGCAAGGGUUCGGCCCUGCAUUUGAGAGGUCCCCGCGCAAAAUUGACAUUGAACUAUACUUUUCUUCGUGAUCUUUGCAAAUGCCCUCAAUGCGUGGAUCCCCACUCUAAACAGAAAUCUUUCCGCACCAACGAUAUCCCUCUUGAUAUCCGUCCGCGUAAUAUCAAGUGGGAUGGCGAACAUUUAGAAGUCCAGUGGGUUAAUGAUACCCAGGGUGCAAGUCCAGACCACCUCUCACGAUGGCACCUGCAAUACCUUCGGAAUCCCAGCAUCAAGCCAAACCACUCCUCACCACGCUUUUCUCCCCUGCUUUGGAACGCCGGUCAGAUGAAGGAACAGCAACACUGGGUCUCGUAUGAAGACUAUAUGAAUAAUGAAGACAAAUUUGCUGCGUCAAUGCGAAAUUUGCAACGCCUGGGUCUCAUCUUCAUCAAGGAUAUCCCUGAUUCGCGCGAGGAGGUUGCGAAGAUUGCGACACGCAUCGGUCCAUUGCGUAAUUCCUUCUAUGGAUCAACCUGGGAUGUGCGUUCCGUUCCCGAGGCUAAAAAUGUGGCCUAUACCAACCAGUUCUUGAACUUUCACAUGGACCUGAUGUACAUGAAUGAGCCCCCGGGUUACCAGCUUCUACACUGCUUGGAAAAUUCAUGCGAUGGUGGCGAGUCGCUGUUCGCUGAUUCAUUCCUUGCCGCCGAGUUUAUGAAGAAAAACCACCGCGAGCUUUACGAGGAACUCACUCAGCGCUUACUGGCUUAUGAAUAUGCCCACGAGGACCAGGUCUACUAUAAUGAACGACCUGUUUUCGAGGUCGAUCAACAUAGUCAAAAGCUCCGACACAUCAAUUACUCACCCCCCUUCCAAGCUGCUCUUCCAACCCCUUGGAAAACGCCUGGUUCGCCUGUGCAUAUCAAUCGCAUGAAGCAAGCCUUGGACGUAUUCACCAAGCUUAUUGAAAGCGAGAACAGCGUUUUUGAUCUGAAAUUGAACCCGGGUGAAUGUGUGAUCUUCAAUAAUCGUCGUAUUGUCCAUGCGCGCCGCCAGUUCAACACUGCAGUUGGUUCGCGCUGGCUGGCGGGGGCUUACGUGGACACGGACGCUGUGCUGUCCCGCUUUUCCGUGACUGGCAGGAAACACUUAGACAUAUGGGAGAGUGCGGAUCCUAAGAGAGGAAGAGAAAUCUUAAAAGCCAAAAAGGUUAUAGAGUCAGUAAAUCAACGGUUGGCCGAGUUGAUGAGCCAGGGAGCCGGAGAGGUGGUGACUAAGGCGUGA